AUGGCCCCGCAGCCCACGCCGGCGUGGGUGCUGCUGCUCAGCCUCCUGGCCGGCGCCCUGCCGGCCGCGCAGCCCAAGGACUUCACCGUCAAGGACAUCGUCUACCUCCACCCUUCCACCACACCGUAUCCUCACGGAUUUAAAUGUUUCACCUGCGAGAAGGCAGCAGAUAAUUACGAAUGCAACCGGUGGGCUCCGGAUGUCUAUUGUCCACGAGGUACAAGAUACUGCUUCAGCCAACACAUGAUGAAAGUUACUGGAGAGAGUGUGUCCGUCACCAAGCGCUGUGUACCGUUAGAGGACUGUCUGUCUACAGGAUGCACAUAUGUAAAGCAUGAAGAAUACAAGAUCUGCACCUCCUGCUGCGAAGGAAGCAUCUGCAACUUGCCCCUGCCGAGGAACACAACGGACGCCGUGUUUACAACCCUCUCCCCGCUCAGCCAAGCACAGAGACUUUCACAUCCCGUCCUGCUGACGGUGGCGUGUCUCUGGUUGGGGCUGAUGUCACAGCACUGGGUCACGCUGUCACGCGUGGUGCAGCCGGGCAGCUGA